CCUCCAUGCAGACCCUCCUGUUGGUGUGCUCAUUUGCAUAUAUGGGACUUUACCAUGCUCCCGCUACCAAAUCUCACAGCACUUGCUGUCCAUUUCUGUCUCCAGUAGCCUGGCUUGUUGCUGCUGUCCUUGGCCCCGAGCCUCAGUGUGGCACCAGUACAGCUGAGUGCACCUGCCAGCCAGGUGUGCGGGGAAAUCUCACGGCAUGUUCCAUCUGCACCUGUAAGGCUGUCGGAGAAACAGACGUUCUCAACUGUCUGCCUACAGUGGAUGGUGGUUGGUCGCCAUGGUCAGAGUUUACCAGCUGCAGUGUCCACUACGGGCUCGGGCUCCAGACCAGAACCCGAACCUGCGACAACCCCCUGCCACAGAACAACGGUGCCAUGUGUGAGGGGCAGCUUUCACAAACUAAGUCCUGUGACAGUUCAGACCUCAGAAUUCGGGUAGUUGGUGGCUCAGUUGCAAAUGAAGGUCGGCUAGAAGUUCGGCUGUCUGACACGGACAGCUGGGGGACGGUUUGUGAUGACGGGUUUGACAUGAAUGACGCAGCUGUUGCCUGUAGGAUGCUGGGAUACACUGAAGCAAUGGAAGUCCGUUGUUGCACACAUUACGGACAAGGCUUGGAGAACAUCUACAUGGAUGACCUUGGGUGCACUGGGAAUGAGAACAGCCUGUUAGACUGCAUGUACGCAGGUUGGGGACUUCACAACUGUGGUCAUGGUGAGGACGUUGGUGUCGUCUGUGGCAGCCCGGUAAUAAAUAUCCCAGAAUCAUGCCAGGUGGGAAAUGAGGCAUCCUAUCGAGGAACAGCCAGCGUGACCAAAACAGGCAGGACGUGUCAGCGCUGGGACAGUCAGACACCUCAUGGACACACCUUGACACCUGUCAAUCAUCCGUCAUCCGGGCUGGACGAGAACUACUGCCGGAAUCCAAACAGCUCACCAGGCGUUUGGUGCUACACCACGGAUAAUAGCACGAGAUGGGAGUAUUGUGAUGUACCAACAUGUGAAUGCCAGGUGGGAAAUGAGGCAUCCUAUCGAGGAACAGCCAGCGUGACCGAAACAGGCAGGACGUGUCAGCGCUGGGACAGUCAGACACCUCAUGAACACACCUGGACACCUGUCAAUCAUCCGUCAGCCGGGCUGGAGCAGAACUACUGCCGGAAUCCAGAUGGCAGUCAAGGGGCUUGGUGCUACACCACGGAUAAUAGCACGAGAUGGGAGUAUUGUGAUGUACCAACAUGUGAAUGGAGAGUGGCCCUUCAGGAUGGAGGUUCGUACUACGGCAGGGUGGAAGUGUAUAACGGCAUGUCUUGGGGCACAGUCUGUGACGCAUUAUUCGGAACCAAUGCAGCAAAUGUCGUCUGUCGUGAGUUGGGCUUCUACGGAUCACAGAGUUACCACGCAGGAGCACUCUAUGGCCAGGGCACGGGUGCGAUCAUACGGAACAUGGGCUGCAGUGGACAAGAGGAGAAAUUUCAGGACUGCGAGACUCAGUGGGGAGUGACAGACUGUACACACAGCCAGGAUGUGUCAGUUGUCUGCAUGCGUACGUGCAACCUCUCACCCUGCCAGAAUGACGCAACCUGUACCGACAACGACAUCCAGGAACCCAUCUGCGCCUGCGAUGCACCAUGGGAAGAGGAAGUCUGCAACCACACUGCUGCUGUACGAGACAUUGACGAGUGUGUGAGCAGCCCCUGCAGAAACGGUGCCGUGUGCUUAGACAGAUUCAACGGCUACCUGUGCCAGUGUCCUCCAGGUUACAAAGGCCUUCAUUGUGAAACAGAUGAUUCGGCAUAUUCUUCCUGCCAUCCCCAGUCCUCAGCCUGCACCUUGUUGUCUCCCCUGAUCCCCGGUCUACCUCCAGUUCACCGAUGCGACAUUCAGACAGGAAUCGCUGAAUGGACCCGCAGCUGCAUCAGCAACUGUGAUUGGUCAAACACAAACCAAUCAGAGCAUCUAGUGCUAGAGGCUGUUCCAGGUGCCAGUGACACCCCCUUGUAUGAAUGGUCAGUGGUGGAGCAUCCUGGGGAAUUCGAGGGUCUCCAUAUAACGAGUCGUGUGCCUGAAGUUGUCAUCGCAAGCAACACAUUUCAUGUGGAAGGAACCUAUAGUCUGCGUGUGGUCAACCACAACCAAGUCUGCAGCAAUGGCCUCGCAGUGUCCGAGUGGAAGUUCACAGUUCGGGGUCCCCCUGCUCUGUGGGACGAGACUCUGUCGACUCCCUGUGUGUUAGAACGUGCAGGGGCAGGCGGAUGUGUCUGCUGCGGUGAGUUUGUCCAUGACCUUGGCCAAGUCACCUACAAGUUUCGACGGAUUCCGUCUGUGAAUGUGGAGAAGGGCAGAGUUCAGUUCCCACCAGAUGAACCUUUCAUGGAGACACCACUGCCAUUGACACCUUAUAUCAGCCAGGUUCCAUGGUACUGCUCAAGGUUCUUCCCCCCAACAGACUUCAUCAUGGAGGUGGAGGUUAUAUCUGUGGAUGGGAGAGUCUCAGCACUCAACAUCACGGAGGGGACUGUGGAUGUUGGAGCAGUGAUUCUUGAAAUUACGGAUGGCCUGUUGCAGACGGAUUUCUUAGACAUCAAUGAUGUCAUGGACCAGUCUACUCUCCUAGCCAUUGGUGCUGCGGAACCAGAGAAACUCUCCAAAAAUUUGACACUGCUUAUUGCAAAUGGGCUAGAACGAUCAGCAGAUGCCAUGAGAAUGAUGGUAGAGAACAACACAAGCAGUGGCGUCUCAGUGAAAGAACUCAAUGUAGUGUCUGGUAACAUCUUCACAGGGUUCACAAUCCUCUUGGAGGCUACUGCCACCUCAGCUGGGACUGCUGAGUCCGAUUUGCAAGAUGAAGAGGCAAUUGAAGCUAACAAUAAAACAGCCAGUGCUGCCUUCAAGGGAAUCAGCAACAUCCUUCACACGUACGACACCCUGUUGCCAGACAAUGGGACUGCAACACUGGAGAUGUCAGUGUUGCAUGCCAAGGUCCAUAAGGAAGUUUGUGAAGUUUCCGAAGUUGACCAGAAAAAGGUGUUCACGGUCAACAACGCCUUGUUUGUAGUCCCAGCGUUCAACACACUCCUUGCUAAUGGAUGUGAAGAGGCAGAGAGCUUUGGAGUGGAGGUGAUCAACUCCGACUUCAAUCCUUUCCGGUACUCGGAAAACUCCCCUGAUGUGGGGUCGGAGGUGGUGGGCCUCACCGUGUGGAGGGGACGAGACAGACAGCCGGUACACCACCUCCCCAAACCUGUGGACAUGAUCAUCCACAGGGACAAACAACACACAACAAGCAGUGUGUACAAGCACACAGGCUGGAUUAGAAGCUGGGAUGACAUUGCUGUUGUCCCCUUCCGCCCCCAGAGAGCCAGGACUGCUCUCACCAUCCUACUCAACAUCACCAGCACCAGCCACCCAGACCUGGACAUGCCACACAUGCAGCUGGUGUGGCAGAAGGCAUCGGCACCGACUACCGACAGCUUCAAAGCUGCCAACUGGACGACUGUGCUGCCUGUGCCACAGGCCCAGCUGUAUACACUACAGCUGCCGCACACGUACAACAAUACAAACCUGACGUCCAACCCGUACUCAUGGCUUCUGCCUUCUGAAGCUUUGAGUGUUUCAGAGUGGGACAUACAAAUCAAUAUGACUUUCUACUUAGGUGUAAAAUAUGCAGCAGAAGACACCAGCAAUCCUGUGAAGACCACGUUCACAGUGUCUGUAUUGGAAAGUGCAUGUGUCUAUUUUGGAGAAAACUCUUCCCACCUGUGGGAAGGUGAUGGGUGCAAGGUGGGCCCGCUGUCCAACACCACCCACCUCCACUGCCGCUGUGACCACCUGACCAAGUUUGCAGGGUUCGUCCCUCCCAAUCCAAUCAACUUUGACGUAGCGCUGAGCGCAAACAUUGCCGAGAACCCGAUGGGGCUCAUCGCUGUCCUGUCCGUGUUCGGUCUGUUCCUGCUGGGAUAUCUGACGGCAAGAAAGGCCGACAGAAUGGACCUCAUAAAG